AUGUUGACGCGACUUUUCAGCGAGCCCAGCCUGAUCCCCGAAGUUCAGAAAUUCUCCAGCUGGGCCGAGGAGUGCGAGGAGGAUGCCCGCAGCGACAAGGAGGAGCGGAAGGGUAAGGGCUGCGCCCUCCCCGAGGAGCCGCCCGAGGGCUCGCUGGGGGAGAGCAAGGAGGAAGGGGAGCUAGGCGGGGACGAGGAGGAGGAGGAGGAGGAGGAGGAAGGCCUGGAGGAGGCGGAGGGCGAGCGGCCCAAGAAGCGCGGCCCCAAGAAACGCAAGAUGACCAAGGCGCGCCUGGAGCGCUCCAAGCUGCGGCGGCAGAAGGCGAACGCCCGCGAGCGGAACCGCAUGCACGACCUGAACGCGGCCCUGGACAACCUGCGCAAGGUCGUGCCCUGCUACUCCAAGACCCAAAAGCUCUCCAAGAUCGAGACGCUGCGCCUGGCCAAGAACUACAUCUGGGCUCUCUCCGAGAUCCUGCGCUCGGGCAAGCGGCCCGACCUGGUCUCCUACGUGCAGACUCUGUGCAAGGGGCUCUCGCAGCCCACCACCAACCUGGUGGCCGGCUGCCUGCAGCUCAACUCCCGCAACUUCCUGACGGAGCAGGGCCAGGACGGCGGCCGCUACCACGGCCCCAACGCCUCGUUCGCCGUGCACCCCUACCCCUACCCCUGCUCUCGGCUGGCCGCCGCGCAGUGCCCCCCGCCCGCGGGGCCGGGCUCGCACGGGCUGAGGACACACAGCUACUGCGCGUCCGCUUACGAGAGCCUCUACGGCAACGCGUCCCCCGAUUACAACAGCUCGGAGUACGACGGCGGGCUCAGCCCCCCGCUGUGCAUUAACGGCAACUUCUCCCUCAAGCAAGACUCUUCCCCCGACCACGAGAAAAGCUACCACUACUCUAUGCACUACUCGGCGCUGCCCGGCUCCCGCCCCGCCGGCCACAACCUGGUCUUCGGCUCGGCGGGGGUGCGCGGGGGGGUGCACUCCGAGAACCUCUUCCCCUACGACAUGCACCUCCCGCACGAGCGGGGCCCCAUGUACGAGGAGCUCAACGCCUUCUUCCACAACUGACCCCCCCCGGGGCU